CAAAUUACAGAGUUGUCAUCUGAAUAAAACGUAGCUUGACUUGCUUCUCCUGUUUUCUCGCCUAUUUUUAUAACUUAAAUAUUUUGAAACAGUCAAAAUUUAUAUACUUUAAAAAUGAAGGCACUAAAAAAAGUUAGAAGUUAAUAGAGAAGUUUUACUUCUUGUUUCACUUUAAAAAUGGUCGAGAUAUAUUCUUGGGGGAAAGCUACUUCAGGACAACUAGCUUUGGGUGAAACUGACGAUGAAUUGGUUGACGCGCCAAAGUUGGUGCCAUUUUAUGAUGGCUUUACCAUGAAAGUUGUAGAUAUUGCCUGUGGUGCAGAACAUUCUGUGUUUCUAACAAAUGAUGGAAUGGUUUAUACCUGUGGUAGCAAUGAUUUUGGUCAACUUGGUCACGGAAGGGCUUGUCGUAGACCAGAAAGAAUUGUCUCCAUUGAGACAAUGACAAUCAAACAAGUUGCUUGCGGUUUAGACUUUACUUUGGCUGUCAAUGAUAAAGGAAAAGUACUUAGCUGGGGAAAUAACUGUCAUGGACAGUUGGCUCAUCCAACUCUUGAAAUUAUCCAUAGACCAAGAAGUAUCAAACAUUUCAAUGACAUUUGUGUUACUCAAGUCAGCUGUGGGAUGCAUCAUUCUAUGGCAUUGACAUUUGAUGGUUUUCUGUUGACUUGGGGUGAUAAUUCUCAUGGUCAACUGGGGAUAGGUCAGAUGGCAUACUCUAAAGGUUUACCUUAUAAGGUCAAAAGUCUGGGUUUACCAUUGGUUGAAAUAUCAGCUGGUGGAUAUCAUUGUAUGAUAUUGACAAUGUCUGGUGCAGUAUUUGGUUGGGGAAAGAACAGCUUUGGUCAGCUUGGUUUGGAACAUGGUCUAGUUCAAUGGACUCCCAUUCAAAAUGAAUCAUUAAGAUCAUUGAGAAUACGACAUAUUUCUUGUGGUGAAGAACAUACAGUAUUGUUGACAGAGGAUGGUGGUGUAUUUACAUAUGGUGCAUCAACUAAAGGUCAACUUGGUCAUAAUUCAAAUCAUCAUGAAUAUCAACCUCGUAAAGUUCUUGAGCUCAUGGGAACAAAAAUCACACAGAUUGACUGUGGCUGACACACAAUUGCUUUUGCUCCCCAGUUAAAUCGGCUUUAUGCAUUUGGUCUUGGUGCAUAUGGUCAACUUGGUCAUGGCAGGACAGACAGUUGUAAUAGUCCUGUUGUUACCAUGGGACAAUGGAUGAAAUCAUCAUUAAGUAACAAGACAUCAGCUAUAAAGAUUGUUGCUGGUGGCAACCAUUGUUUUGUUUUAUCAAGCAAGUCAAGUCAUAAAGCGGUGGAUAUGCGAUGUAUCACUCCUGCUUUAACAAUCAUAGAAAGUUCUUCUGUGGUCGAAUGGGAGCAAAGAAUAAGCAGUUGCUGUACAAUAUCCCCUGACAUAGUAAGAAAACUUGGUGCAGUGUUUAGCAGUCAACAAUGUGUCAAUGCUUGCUUUUUUAAUUUGAAGAAAAAUCCAUUAAUUCAUUCUCAUCAUCAUGGUGUUGACCUGAGUAGUUUGCGGAGAUUUUUUCAAGCUAUAGCAAAACAUUCCCUCUUGAAUAAAACGAUACAGAACUCCAUCGAAAUGCGUCUUCUCCCUUCACUUAUAGAAUGCCCUUUAGACAUCGAUGGCCUGAGAUUAUACGUUAUAUUGACAGAAUUUGAAAUGUUUAGAGUUGGAGAAAGAUACAAAACUUUAGCUGUACCAUUAGCAAAGAAACUUCUUCAAUUACGUGAGAAUUGUAAAGUUGUUAUAGCAAAUUGGUGGUCUUCAUUGCCUUCGACAUACUUAGAAAACAUAAUUAAGAUCUUUCAGCAAAGUGUUAAAUUUAUACUUGAACAAACAAUUGAUCUUCGCGACAAUCUUGAGUUUUCUGUUAGAGAAGAAUGUUUAAGAUGUAGUCUUCAAGUUCUUGAUGGCAUUCAUAAGGUGAACGAACGUGCAGAAUAUGCUGUUCCUUAUUCAACAUUUUAUAUCCCUGAGCUAACAGAAUGUCUUGAUCUUAAACAUGAUUAUCUACGUUGGCUAGAUAUGGAGAGGGUAUCUGACAACAGAAUAAACCAGACGAUGACUCUUUCCUUUUGUAAAUAUCCUUUUGUAUUUGACUCAAAAGCAAAGUAUCUUCUCUUGCAAACAGAUGCAACUCUACAAAUGCAGACAGCAUUUCGUGAUGCACAUCACGCCAAUCUUGGUAAUUUUUUUAUUCGUGGUGGUUUGGAUCCGAAUGAGAUCAUCAAUCCUUUCCUUGAACUUUCUGUAAGAAGACAAAGUAUUGUCCAAGAUACAAUACGUCAGGUGAACAAACUGGGACAAUUGGAUUAUAAAAAACCAUUAAAGGUUGUUUUUGAAGGUGAACAAGCAGUGGAUGCAGGUGGUGUAAAAAAGGAAUAUUUUCUUCUCCUUAUGAGGGAAAUCCUUGAUCCAAAAUAUGGAAUGUUUAAAAUUAUUGAAGAAAGUCAUUUGAUUUGGUUUAACAAACAGUCUUUUGAAGAUGACGUAAUGUUCUUACUUAUUGGUGUAAUAUGUGGUCUGGCGAUAUAUAAUUCCAUCAUUAUUGAUUUACCAUUUCCUUCACUUCUUUACAACAAACUUUUGAAGAGACAAAUAACUCUUGAUGAUUUUCGUUCCUUUCAACCAUCUGUGGCUAGAAAUCUUCAGCAGCUACUUGACCACCCUGAAGAGGAUGUCGAAAAUGAUUUAUGUUUGAAUUUUCAAGUAUAUGAAGACAAUUAUGGGGUUACGACAACUGUUGAUUUAAUUCCUAAUGGAGGAAACAUUAAUGUCACAGGCAUAAACAGAAAACGUUACGUUGAUUUGUUUAUCGACUAUGAAGUAAAUAAAUCCGUUGAAAAAUAUUUCUCUGCGUUUUCAAACGGUUUUCAUCGUGUUUGUGGUGGACGUGUUUUGGAAUUUUUUCAUCCUCAAGAACUUAUGGAAAUGGUCGUCGGAAUUCAAGAAUAUGAUUUUAAAGAAUUAAAAAUGGGGGCUCAAUACCUUGGAGAUUAUUUUGUUAACCAUCCUGUCAUACGAAAUUUCUGGAAUGUCUUUGAUGAAUUCAAUACCGUCAAUAAAAAAAGAUUUCUUGUAUUUCUUACGGGAACUGAUCGAGUGCCUCUUACAGGAAUAAAAAGUUUGGAGAUAAAGAUUCAACCAGUAUCUGGGGGAAAUAAUUAUGAACAUUUACCUGUUGCACAUACUUGUUUCAAUCUGUUGGACUUACCUCGUUAUCCUACCAGAGAAAUGAUGAAACUCAAAUUAGAACAGGCGAUCUCCUUUUCUUCAGGAUUUGGUUUGGCAUAAUAUUGAACGAAUUCACCAACGUUGCUGUGCUGUAGUACAAUGACUACGGUUUAUAUUGUAAGUAACAUAUGCACACCUAAAGGUCUUCUUUUUAAAAAUUGGGAGAAGUUUUUCUUUCAACCACGGUAUAUUUUUUUUUGUACAUUUUGUGUAAUUAAAUUAAAUAAUGUCCAAGUUAGAUCUGUAUUAAUUUGAUAAAACGGGAUGAGUGGAAUAUACAUCACUAUACCGAGCA